AUGAAGCAGCUCCUACCUCUGGUAACAGAUAGAUUCAUCUUUGGAGGAGAUUUUAACGAGACUCUGUACCACUAUGAAAAAAGAGGUGGUAAUCCAAAACCAGACUCUCGGUUGGCGGCUUUCCGGGAAGUGGUUGAUUUUUGUUCUGUUAUGGAUCUUGGCUUCAUGGGGGAGCCUUUCACUUGGUCCAAUAAUCAAUUGGGAUCUGAUAAUAUCUUGGAACGGCUUGACAUGAUUUUUGGAUCUUACUCUUGGAUCGAUGUUUUCCCGGGUUAUGAAGUGACUCAUCUUUUAAGAAAGUCCAGUGACCAUUGCCCCAUUUUGCUAGCACUUACAAAGUCGGAGGAAGACGAACGCUGUAAGCUUCUUUGUGAGGAUUUAUGGGCCAGAGGUGCGACUAUCUCUUCUACUAGCGACUUUCAGGAAAAAAUUGAGCUCCGGGACGAGCUGGAAGAUUUACAGAAAGCCCAUAAUGAGCCUGAUACUAAGGAGCAGCAGCGAGCCAUUGAGAAGAAUCUUGAUGAGUUAUUAGCUAAAGAAGAACUUAUGUGGAAACAAAGGUCUAGGGCCGACUGGUUGGCUGAGGGAGACCGUAAUACGGGAUUCUUCCACAAGGUCGCGGAAGGAAGGAAGAAGCAAAAUCAUAUUCGUGAGAUUCAAACGGCUGAUGGAACUAUUAUUAGAAGGAGCACAAACAUGGAUGAGAUUUUUCGGUCCUAUUUCAGUGAGCUCUUCACGGCUGGGCCUUCUCAUGAUCCCGGGGAGACGCUUAGCUCUAUUGACCACAUAGUCACUGAUGAAAUGAACAGGCAGAUGGUGGCCCCAUACACGAGCGAGGAGGUUAACCAGGCUCUCUCACAGAUGCAUCCCCUAAAGGCUCCCGGGCCCGAUGCGUUUGUUCCGGGUAGGCAAAUCACUGAUAAUGCUUUGCUAGCUUUUGAAAUUUUCCAUACGAUGAAGCUUAUCAAGGCAAAAGUUUGGGGGGGUUUUUCUUUCAAGUUGGAUAUGGCUAAGGCGUAUGAUAGAGUCGAAUGGAAUUUCUUAGAAUCUAUGCUGUGUCAGUUGGGUUUUAUUACUCCUGUGGUUAACUUGAUCAUGCGUUGUGUUACGUCGGUUUCUUUUCGUGUUCUAGUUAAUGGUUAUCCAGGUCAGUCCUUUGAGCCCAGCAGAGGUUUGAGACAGGGUGAUCCGCUGAGCCCCUUCCUGUUCUUAUUUUCUGGGGAGGCGUUAUCUGGACUUCUGAGGCGUGCGGAGACACGUUCGUUGCUCCAUGGUGCGCGUCUUUGUCGCACUGCCCCCCGGGUGUCUCAUCUUCUCUUUGCCGAUGAUUGCAUUAUUUUUGAAAGGGCAAACCAGAAUGAGAUUGAAGUGGUGAAGGGUAUCCUAAAGCAAUAUGAGGCGGAUUCUGGACAAAAAGUCAGUCUUGAGAAAUCGGCUAUUUCUUUUAGUACGGGCGUUCCUGGGGAUGUGAGACAAGCUCUUUCUUCUCAGCUUUGGGUGAGUUGUGUGUUUAAUCAGGGGAAGUACCUUGGUAUUCCAAGCACGGUGGGUCGCUCUAAAGUGGAGAUUUUUCAGUUACUUGUGGAUAGAACGAGGAAGAAAUCUAAAGAUUGGAAGAGACGUUAUCUUUCGGGUGCAGGUAAAAUGGUGCUGAUUAAAGAUGUUCUCCAGUCCAUUCCCACUUAUCUCAUGAGCUGUUUUGCUAUUCCGAACCAAAUCUGUCAACGCUUGAAUAGUAUUGCAGCUGCGUUCUUUUGGGGUCAAAAAAAUGAAGAACGCCGUAUCCAUUGGAAAAAGUGGAAGAAUUUGUGCCUUCCUAAAAGUGUGGGUGGUCUUGGAUUCAGAGAUUUAAGUCUGUUUAACGAAGCAAUGUUGGCCAAACAAGCUUGGCGCAUUCUACAAAAUCCUCAUUCUUUGUUGUCUCGGUCUCUCAAAGCUCGCUAUUUUCCGCGAUCGGAUAUUCUCCUUACUAGAAAUGCCCACAACCCAUCUUUUACAUGGAAAAGCAUUCUAGUGGGACGUGAUCUUCUCGUGGAAGGUAUUGCUUGGAAAGUGGGAAGAGGUGACAAAAUUCGUAUUGGUAGAGAUGCAUGGCUUCCGGAUUGCAAAGGGAAUUUUAAGGUGACUGAGGUUCAAGAGCAAUGGAAAGAUUCAAAGCUUAAUUCUUUCUUCUCCAUGGAUGAUUAUACGUGGGAUAGUGACAGACUUCAGGGCAUUUUACCAGCUAAUGAACUCGGCAAACUGCACUCUCAUCUGAAACCGAUGGAUUCUAGAUCGGAUACUCCCUUCUGGCCGUCUGGAAAGUUUGGCUCUUUUACGGUGAAAUCUGGGUACUUACUUGCUUGCUCUUUACGUCAACGCAAUGAGGCUUCUCCCUCUCGGUUGGUGAAUCCACUGUGGAAUUGGAUUUGGGGUCUUGAGGUAGUCCCAAAGGUUAAGCUGUUUUUGUGGAAAUGUCUCUCGGGAGCUCUCCCAACUUCUCAAGCUCUGGUGGUACGUUCUAUUGAUAUUGACCCGUUUUGUCGCAGAUGUGGAGCCUCUGAGGAAACUGCAGAGCAUGCUCUUAGAGAUUGCCCGUGGGUCUCUUUUUUUUGGGAAAGUUCGGUUCUUAGAAUCCAGCCAAUCCCGCCGGAUGGUUUGAUCUCUUUGGAGGAAUGGUUUGAAAGAAUCCGUCAGAAUCCUCAUAAAGAAGUUCACCAAUCUUUUGCUUCUCUGCUGUGGUCUUUGUGGUACGCUCGAAAUUUGCUGGUUUUUCAGGGAAAGGUUUUAUCUCACGAGGAUUGUGUUGGGGUGGCGCAGCGAGCUAUCUGGACUAGGAGGGUGUGUUUGGGGUCGGCUGCUGCUAAACCUGUGACUUUGACGUGCAACCAAGAUGUGCAGCUCAAGAUCUCUUGCGAUGCUGCUUUGGAUGGAGUUGCAGGGAUGGGGUUUGGGGUUGUUAUAUCUAAUGGAGACGGCGAGAUUGAGGGUUGUAGUUACGGCCAUAGACAAGGAGUUUUUUCUGCUUUGGAAGGGGAAGCAAUAGCUGUGUUGGAAGGCCUAUUAUUGUGCAAGGAGCGUGGUAUUUCGAGUGCUAUUAUUGAGACGGACUGUCAACCUUUGUUCUGGCGUCUGUCUAGAAGAGAUACGGAUUUAUCAUAUGUUGGAGACACCCUUUCUGAGAUAUUUAAGGUGGCUGCGUUGAUGAGUGAUUUAUGCUUAAUUGUUCUAAUUUUAGGGGUUUGA